AUGGAAAUUCGACACCCAUCCGGAACGGUUAAUUUACCGCCACCCGCGACCCCCGCGGUAAAGCCGAUCGCUAAAACUGCCUAUUGCAAAGUAUCCAAGUUGAAAAAAGCUCAAUCGUCGCAGAUCCCGUCUAGCAGUAAACCGAAUCACUCGUCCAACAAACGAACCGCGGAACAAGCGAACCUGCAACCUCAACUACCUCUAACGUCUCCGCGAUCGCCGCUCGAAAACAUUCCCAUUCAAAUUUCGAACGCCGCGCCGACGGUCGCCACCAGUCCGGUAAAAAGUCCCGGCAGCGGCGGUCACCCGCGUCGGAAAAAGUUCAAAACCGAGAGGUCCCUGCUCAAAGACCGGGAGUACGACCCGGACCGGCACUGCGGUGUCUGGAACGAUGAGACCGGGAAACCGUGCACCCGCUCCCUCACCUGCAAGGCGCACACGGUCUCGCUGCGGCGGACGGUCGCCGGCCGGAGUAAAACCUUCGACAAACUCCUCGCCGAUCAUCGGGCCGCGAAGGAGUUCCCGAUGCGCCCGACGAAAGUGACGUUAACGGGGACGGUAACCGUCUCGACCUCCGUCGUUCCCAAUUUGAAUCCGCUGGUCAUCGGUGCGUCGAAUUCGAUCGGCGCGGAAUCGGUGGGGCCCAGUUCGCCGCCCGUUCUAUCGCUGCCGGACAUGUACCCCAUGCCGAAGACCACGCUCGAGGAAGACUUCGCCAACGAGGAACUGGGUCUGGAUUCGUCGAUCGUCGACUCCGCCGGCUGUUCCAGUUCCAUAACCACACCGAUAUCGGUUCUGCUGCCCAGUCUGUCACCGCUUCCGCUCAAGAAACCGGGUGACUCGCCGAUAGCUACCCUGAUACCGGCCGCCACGGUUUCGCCCGCUCCCUCGAGCGUCCCCGCCUCCCUGCCGACGAGCCAGCCCCUGAUAUCGAGCGUCCUCGAAGCGGAAACGCCGAACGAAGUCGAAUCGGAAGUGCUGACGAUCUACUCGCCGAUGUCCGGUUACAAGGAGUCGGCCGGGAAGUCACAGAUGAUCGUCCAGCUGCCGCAGACGAAGAACGCCCAUCAUUCGCCGGGCGCGAACGCGGCGAAGUCCUACGGCGGCCACGCCUCGAUGCCCUGCUUGAGCAUGUUCGAGGGCUCGGUACCUCUGCAGCUUCCCGCGGGGCAGAGCGGGACUUUGACGAGCCAGAUGACGAACGGGAAGCGGCCAGUCGGGCCGCACAAUCAUCUCAGUCCGGGGAACAGGCCGCCGAAACGGAGCAAACACGAUUUUCAGCCGGAAUAUUCGACAGCGAUACAAGUCGCCGCCACGACCACUUCGACGCCUUAUCCGCACUUCGGCGAGAUAUCGUGGUCGAAUUGCCACCCGGAGCCGCUCGCCGUCAGUCGGUGGCUACGGAUCACGUCCACGCGCAAGCAAUACAAUUUCAACAUUCACUGA